AUGCAGCCCCAGCGACGCCGGCGUGAGUCCCUCGCGCCCCAGCAGCUGCGUGAGUGGUACGCUGGUUGGGGCUGUAGGGGUUGCGACGCUACUCCUACUACCACUCCUGCUGCUUCUACUCGUGGUGGCGGCCAGAUGCAGCUCCCGCGACCCUCUCGCGUGUCUCUCACGCCUCGCCAGCUUCGUGAGUGGUACGCUCAGAGUGGAGGGUCUCUCAGUGCUGUUCGCUGCUCUUACGUGAUUCGCACUGGUACUCGGACUGGUAUAGGACCUGCUGCUCUAGCUACUGGUGAGGCUGCUGCUCUGGGUGCUAGUGAGUCUCCUGCUCCAGGUACAGGUGCGGCUGCUGCUCUAGGUGCUAGUGAGUCUGCUUCCUCAGGUGCGGGUGAGGCUGCGCUCUCAGGUACCGCGUUGGCUUCGGCCUCCCUCACCUUUACACUUGACUCUGGGGCUUCUCGCUCCUUCUUUCGGGACCGCACCACACUCACGCCGCUUGGUCGGCCGGUUGUAGUCUCCCUUGCUGACCCCUCUGGGGGUCCUGUCCUCGCUCACUUCUCCACUGUCCUCCCGUGUCCGGCUGCCCCCUCGGGCACCCUGUCUGGCCUGUACCUCCCCUCGUUCUCGACGAACUUGGUGAGUGGUGCAGACCUACAGGAUGCGGGGGUUCACCAGUUCACUCCUGCGAGUCAGCGGGUGACCCACUGCACGGACGCACGCACAGGCCGGCACCUGGCCACGUUCUCGCGUCGGCCGGGGUCGAGCCUCUACACCCUGACCACUGAGUCUCCUCCUGUCCCCGCGUCCGGUCAGGUAGCAGCGUCGGGUCAGGUGUUUGCUGCAGCGUCCAGGUCUGGUCCUGAGUCUGCCCCCUGUUCGUGUCGCCUCCUGUCUCACGAGACUCUUCUGUGGCACCACCGUCUAGGCCACCCCUCCUUGCCCCGUCUUCGGGGCAUGGCUUCCCGUGUCCUUGUCUCUGGUCUUCCCCAGUCUCUCCCUCCCCUUCCUUCGAGACCAGGACCUUCCUGUGUCCCCUGUGUCGAGGGGCGCCUCAGGGCUUCUCCUCACUCCUCCCAGUCUCCCCCGACAGAGGCUCCUCUGCAGACGCUUCACAUGGACGUGUGGGGCCCGGCCCCCGUCCGUGGGCAGGGUCACGAGCGCUACUUCCUGUUGGUGGUUGACGACUACUCGCGUUACACCUCAGUCUUCCCCUUGCGCAGCAAGGGUGCUGUCACUGAGGUGCUGAUCGACUGGAUCCGCGAGGCUCGUCUCCAGCUCAGGAGGAGCUUCGGCUCGGACUUUCCUGUUCUGCGUCUGCACUCUGACCGAGGUGGGGAGUUCUCCUCUCGCCUUCUGCGAGACUACUGUCGUGCACAGGGGAUCCGCCAGACCUUUACGCUUCCGGACUCUCCACAACAAAAUGGGAUUGCUGAGCGCCGCAUUGGCAUGGUCAUGGAUGUCGCUCGUACGUCCAUGAUGCAUGCGGCUGCCCCCCAUUUUCUGUGGCCGUUUGCGGUUCGGUACGCGGCGCAUCAGCUCAACCUUCACCCCAGGGUCUCUCGGCCCGCGAUGUCCCCAGUGUUACUGUGGACGGGGAAGGUCGGCGAUGCGUCUGCGUUCUGUGUCUGGGGAUCUCGGGCGUUUGUCCGCGACUUGUCUGCGGACAAGUUGUCCCCCCGUGCUGCUCCCUGUGUCUUCCUUGGCUUCCCCCCUGACGCUCCAGGGUGGCAGUUCUACCACCCCUCCUCUCGUCGUGUUUUGUCCUCCCAGGACGUCACGUUCGACGAGUCAGUCCCCUUCUACCGCCUCUUCCCCUACCGUACUCCUUCCCUUCCCCCCCCACCGGACUUCCUGGUACCAGUUCCCCCCCCGGUAGACCCCCUCCCCCCUCAGGUUCCUGCCCCUUCGGGUGUGUCCCAGGUAGACACGGUCGAGCCAGUCGAGGUUGCUGCUGAGUCUGGUGCUGCUGCUGGGGGUGCUGAGCCUGGGGGUGCUGAGCCUGGGGGUGCGAGGCCGGGGGGUGCUGAGUCUGGGGGUGCUGAGCCGGGGGGUGCUGAGCCGGAGGGUGCUACGUCAGGAGCUGCUGAGCCUGGGGGUGCUGGGCCUGGAGGUGCGGAGCCUGCGCCUGCUGGACCUGGGGGCUCUCCGGUUCUUCCGUCUCGGCGGGAGCCGCUCUCUUCACAGGAGCUGCGCGAGUGGUUUGCUCGCCGCUGGAGGCGUGCUGCUGGAGCUGGAGCUUCUUCGCCUGCUGCGGGUGCUGCCGGUCCCGGAGCUGCUGGGCCUGCGGGUCCUACUAGAGCUGGAGCUGCUGAGCCUGGGGGUGCUGCGUCUGGAGCUGCUGAGCCUGGAGGUGCUGAGUCUGGAGCUGCUGAGCCUGGAGGUGCUGAGUCUGGAGCGGCUGUGCCUGGGGGUGCUGAGUCUGGAGCUGCUGAGCCUGGAGUUUCUCCUGCUGCUGCGUCUCGCCGGGAGCCCCUCUCUCCACGGGAGCUGCGUGAGUGGUUUGCUCGCCGCUGGAGGAGUGCUGCUGGAGCUGGAGCUUCGUCGACCGUCGAGGGUGCUGGUGCUGCCGGUCACGGAGCUGCUGGGCCUGCGGGUCCUACUGGAGCUGGAGCUGCUGAGGGUGUUGGUGCUGAGACUACUGCUGUCUGUCCUGGCGGUGGUUCUGCUGCUGGUGCUGCUGGAGGUCCUGCCGCUGGAGGUGUUGGUGGCGCUGGUGCUGUCGCUGAGGGUGCUGGUGCUGUCCCUGUUGAGUCUGGAGCUGCCGCGCGGCCUCGGCCGUACUUCGUUCCGCUCCUACAGCAGGUUCUUGGUCUUUCUCCUUCGGUAGAGUGUCCACAGCCUGUCCAGUCGCAGUCACUGUUGGAGCCUUCCUCUCCUCUGCCUGCUCCCUCUCCUUACACUGGUCCUACUGGAGGUCUUGCUGAGCGUCGUGAGCCUGCGUCUCGUCCCGCGUCGCCUGUUCGUGCUGCUCGCGCUAGUGGUCGCGGUUCGCGUCAGCGUCCUCCUCCUGUCCCUGGCACGCACCGGAUGUCUCUGCGUCCGUCCACUGCUCCUCUGCGUGCCCCUUUGCCUUCUCCUCCUGAGUCCUCUCUUCCUGCGCUUGCCGACCCUGAGUCGGACUCUCUUCGCGCUGCGAGUCCUACUGUCACGCGUCUGCUUGCUACUGUCGUCACUGACCCCUCUUUUGAGUCCACUGCUGCGUCUGCUCUAGUCGCUGAGCUCGUUGACUUUGCUGCUCGCUGUCGUCUCGACUACGCUGCUGGUCUUGUUGCUGAGUCUGCGUCUGUCUGUCCUCCGUCCGUCGGGGGUGAGUGUGCUCUUGGCACGGACGUCCUAGAGGACAGACAGGAGGAGUUACAGUGUCUAGCGGCUGCUUCACCUCAUCUCGCGUCUGUACUGCUUGCCCCUGAGGGAGACCCGGAUGCACUAGACAUCCCGACUCCGCGUUCUUACGCGGAGGCCGUAGAGGGUCCCUACUCCUCUCAGUGGCAGGCAGCUAUGGAUGCAGAGAUGGCUUCCUGGAAGUCCACAGGCACCUACGUUGACGCGGUUCCCCCUCCUGGGGCGAACAUCGUCAGUGGCAUGUGGAUCUUCCGGGUGAAGCGGCCGCCGGGCUCUCCACCUGUCUUCAAGGCACGGUACGUUGCUCGUGGCUUCAGUCAGCGGCAGGGAGUUGACUACUUUCAGACCUUCUCUCCCACCCCGAAGAUGACCACUCUUCGGGUGCUGCUGCACAUAGCCGCUCAGCGCGACUACGAGCUUCACUCUCUCGACUUCAGCACUGCGUUCCUGCAGGGUAGCCUGCACGAGGAGAUCUGGCUGCGCCGUCCACCUGGCUUCACUGGGACUUUCCCUCCUGGCACCCAGUGGAGCCUCCGACGGCCAGUCUACGGUCUCCGCCAGGCACCGCGUGAGUGGCACGACACACUGAGGACUACGCUUGCGGCUCUUGGGUUUGCUCCUUCUACUGCUGACCCGUCGCUGUUUCUGCGCACCGACACUUCACUGCCGCCGUUCUACAUCCUCGUGUACGUCGACGACUUGGUCUUUGCCACAGCGGACACUGCUGGACUCGCCUACGUGAAGUCCGAACUGCUUAAGAGACACACGUGCACAGACCUGGGUGAACUGCGCAGCUACCUUGGCUUGCAGAUCACUCGGGACAGAGCACGCCGCACCAUUACCUUGACUCAGUCACACAUGGUGCAGCAGGUCCUUCAGCGCUUCGGCUUCACGUACUCCUCGCCUCAGGCCACUCCUCUGCCUACUCGCCACUCACUCUCAGCUCUGCCUUCGGAUGAGUCCGUAGAGUCGAGUGGUCCGUAUGCAGAGCUUGUUGGCUGCCUCAUGUACCUGAUGACCUGCACACGACCUGACCUUGCAUACCCUCUGAGCAUUCUUGCACGCUAUGUUGCUCCUGGGAGACACAGACCAGAGCACAUGGCUGCAGCGAAGAGGGUAUUGCGCUACCUGUGCAGUACGUCGGGCAUGGGGCUUGUGCUUGGAGGGCGGAGUCCAGUGGUCCUUACCGGCCACGCGGACGCUUCUUGGGCUGACGACCAGGCUACGCAGCGGUCGUCACAGGGUUACACCUUCAGCCUUGGUUCCGGCUCUGUCUCGUGGCGGUCUACUCGCUCGUCUUCGGUUCUCGGCUCCAGUUGUGAGGCUGAGAUCUACGCCGGGGCCAUGGCUGCACAGGAGCUUCGCUGGCUCACCUACCUGCUGACUGACCUUGGAGAGCCGCCUGGUUCUCCUCCAGUGCUGUACGUAGACAACAAGGCCAUGCUGGCCUUGUGUCGAGAGCAGCGCUUGGAGCACAAAACGAAGCACAUUGCUCUCCGCUACUUCCUUGCUCGUGAGCUGCAGCAGCGUGGUCAGUUGCGACUUGCGUACGUGGCCUCUGAGGCCAACACUGCUGAUGUGUUCAUCAAGGCACUCGCGCCUUGUGAUCAUCAGCGCUUUUGCACCCAGCUGGGUCUUGUGUCUGUCUUGCCUCACUUGCUCUCCUCUUGA